CAACACUAGUUGUUGAGGGGAGUGUCUUGCGUUAUUAAUGCUGAGUGGCUCCGGCAACUACUGUGGUUUAAAGUCGUUAGUCAUCCGCUGCUACUGCAGGAGAGACGGGAGCGCUGAGCCAGAGCUGUUCAGGCAACCCUCUUGGUCCUCCCAGGCCAGCAGGAUGAGGGGCUCUAGGCAAACAUUCCUUAAUUUAUUCUGCAUCCUCUGGCUCCCGCUUCUGCUGAAGGCUGCCUCUUCCUCCCCUCUCCCCCAUGGAAACGACCCACCACCUCCUUCGCUCCCCUCCGGGCUGUACAAAGGACAGACCUGCAUCGGAUGCGUGCUUGUGGUCUCUGUAAUUGAACAGCUUGCACAGUGGCACAACAGUACAGUAAAGGCAGCCGUGGAGAGACUGUGCAACUACAUGCCUGAAAAACUGCAAGGUUUCUGUUACGUAUUUGCUGAACUUUACGGACCACACAUAGCUGAACUUAUAGACAGGGAAAUGAAUGCCGAUGUGGUCUGCCAUUCCUUGAAGCUGUGUAAACAGGAUCCAGGACAACCGCUUUGUCAUCUCUACCCUCCUCCAAAGGUGGGGCUGAGUGCUGCAAUAAGGAAAGCAAAAAGGAUUAUGAAGACUUCCAGAGAUCUGAAGAGCUUCACGGGGUUCUCAAGUGUAUGUGCAUUUCCUCCUCUGGCUAACCUGUGUGAGAAGAUUAAAUAUGUUAUAAGAAAUAAACUGCCUUUUGAAGAUUUUGAUGGAGAUAAAUUUAGUACUUUCCCGACGUUGAGAGGCUAUCACUGGCGAGGCAGAGACUGCAACGACAAAAACACCACCGUGUACCCUGGCAGACGUCCUGAUAACUGGGAUGUGAAUAGUGACUCUAACUGCAAUGGCAUAUGGGGCGUGGAUCCAAAAGAUGGAAUUCCCUACGAGGAGAAAUUCUGCAAAGGUGCGGACUCGCAAGGGGUCAUCCUGUUGGGAGACUCGGCUGGCGCUCACUUCCACAUCCCUCCCGAGUGGAUGACUGUCACGCAGAUGUCAGCGAAAUCAUUUGCUAAUCUCCCAAUGGCUUUCACCGAUGAGCUUGACUGGCCUCAGUUCUCAGAGAUCACUGGAUUUCUGAACUCCACCAUCGGAGGCUGGACAGACUCUCUGUAUCUACGUUUACGCAGGAGAAAUCGCUGUAAUCACAGAGACUUACAGAACAUUUCCCAAAACGGUGGUUCUUCAGGAAACCUCCUCAAUUUAAUAAAAAGCUUGGCCAGAAACCAGCUGUUGGACAAUCCAGCCAUAGUUAUCUACGCUACAAUUGGGAAUGAUGUCUGCAAUCGGAACCGUGACACGCUGGCUCACAUGACUACACCCAAAGAAAUGCUUUCCAACGUGAUGCAAGCUCUGCGAUACCUGGACUCCCGUCUUCCAAAUGGCAGCCAUGUGAUUUUAACAGGCUUGGUAGAUGGCCGCUUUCUCUGGGAUAACCUGCAUGACAGAUACCAUCCUCUAGGGCAGCUGAACAAGGACGUCACUUACAGUCAACUUUACUCUUUCCUCGACUGCCUCCAGGUGAGCCCCUGCAGCGGCUGGCUGACCCCCAACGAGACCCUCAGGAAUUUGACCUCGGAGAGGGCUUUACAACUUUCCAAUGUCCUGAAAGAAAUAGCGAGAUCUGAGAAAUUUGCCAACUUUGAUAUUUUCUACAUGGAUUUCCCACUGAGACAAACGGCUGAGGAGUGGCGCAAGAUGGGAGGCGAGCCCUGGCAGCUGAUCGAACCAGUCGACGGCUUCCACCCCAGCCAGAUUGCUGCAGCCCUUGGAACAAGCAUUACCUGGCAGAAGGCGCUACGUGAAUGGCCUCAAGUGCUUGGAAAGGAGAAUCCGUUCAACGACCAGAUUGAAGCGAUAUUCAAAGAUCAAGGUGGACACUGACUUCCAAUCUGCCAGAACCCUGACAUGUUUUUCGGUGAUGCUUCCCAGUGCAUUCCACAAAACAAGAUGGUCAGACACACACACACAAAAAAAAGGGGGAGGGCAAGUUAUCAGAGCCAGUAGCAGUGGAUGUAACACAACAGUGUUGUUCUCUAUCUCACCUGCACAAAUAGGCUAUGCUUUUUCUGUGGAGCUACAAAAAUAAAAAAUCAAAGGAUACCUGCCAACUGGACCAUUUAUUGUACUGGUUUAGUAAAUCUGUAUGAUUCUUUUCCAUAUAUAGCAAACUCCUAGCCCUACCUUGUUUUGUUUUUUUUUUUUUCCCCUGCAGAAUGUUCUUUCUGGGCUUUCCAUUUGUACUGUUUCAACGGUUAACCUGAUCCCAGAAGUGUGGGGGGGGAACCCCAAACUCAUUAUGUUGCUAUAAAUUGUGCGUAUGUAAUUGCCCUGACUGUCAAUACAUUGUUUAGCUGCUAUUUGCUUAUUAAAAUGUGCCAGGAAUAA